AUGCCGCGCGAACAGGAGCCUUCGACCAAUGAACACGACUUUGUCCUCUCCGCCCUCCAAGAAAACCUCCGCCUAGACUCCCGUCCCUUUCAACAAUUCCGCCCUAUCUCGCUCGCAUUCGGUGACGAGUAUGGAGUCGCCGAUGUCCGCAUAGGCAAGACGAGAGUCCUUGCCAAAGUCUCUUGCGAAGUCACCGCUCCCUACACAGACAGGAAGUUCGAUGGCAUCUUCACCAUCUCCACAGAGCUGAGCCCCAUGGGCAGUCCGGCGUUUGAAGUCGGAAGACAAGAUCAAACGGAGCUCCUGCUCUCUCGACUGCUGGAAAAGGCCAUCAGGCGAUCCGGAGCGCUGGACACCGAAAGUCUCUGCAUCAUCGCCGGCGCGAAAUGUUUCCAUCUUCGUGCCGAUCUUCACGUCCUUGACCACGAUGGCAAUCUGGUCGAUGCGUCAUGUCUGGCGCUGAUCGCAGCCCUGCUGCACUUCCGCCGUCCAGAUGUGGAAGUCAGAGGCGAGGAGGUGACCGUCUUCUCCAUCCGCGAGCGAGAACCAGUGCGCCUCACCAUUCAACACCUGCCCUUCUGCGUCACCUUCUCCUACUACAACACCUCGUCAACCACCAGCGCCGAGCCGGGCAUCUUCCUGCAAGACGCCACGCUCUUGGAAGAACAGUGCCGCGAUGGCGAGAUCGUCAUCAGCAUGAAUCGCUUCGGUGAGGUGUGCCAAAUCGCCAAGUACGGAGGGACGCCGGUGGAUGGACUGAGCUUAUUGACGUGCACAAACGCUGCCCUAGAGACGGCGAAGCGGUUCGAUAAGCUGGUCAAGGAGAAGUUGGCGGAGGAUGAGAAGGUGAAGGAUCGGGGCGGUUUGAUGGCCGAGCUGAGCGCGGAGAAUGAGCGGCCGAUGGAGCCACCUCCCGGAUGA